AUGGGGAUUCUCUCCCUGCAGAUGAGUGAUCUUCUUAUGGGAGGUCCGGGAGAUGCUCGGAUCUUCACUUCCCUUGCCUUCCUGGGUCUCGCUUCUCAUAUGUUUUUUAUUCGCCAUCGGAACGUCGACCGCUUGGUAGGAAUGGGCUUUAUGCCGUACCUCUAUGUCCAAUUUGGCCUCUGGGUAUUGUUGUCCAUUCGCAACAACCCUCUCCAGGCAUGGAUAUUUCUUUCGCUUGCCAAUGCAGCUUUCUGUGCACCACUAUUUGCUAGCAUCUCUAUCUAUCGACUUUUUUUCCAUCCAUUGAAGUCUUUCCCUGGCCCUAGCAUGGCCCGAUUAACAUCAUGGUGGGGGGUUGGCAAGCUUGCGAUGGGAAAGCAGAGGUACCAACUCCACGAUGAGCUACACCGUAAAUAUGGAAAAAUAGUACGGAUAGCGCCCAAUUACCUCUCUGUAAAUAGCCAAGAAGGUGUGGCGAUGAUUUAUGGUGCUGGUACCAAGUGCGAGAAGUCUAAUACAUUCUACGGUUUGCGGGAUUCAAAAAGUCUGCAGCUUGAGACAGAAUUCACGAAACAUCGAGCCCGCAGACCCGCGUGGGACAAGGCCUUUAGCGCCAAAAGAUGCGUGGAAUAUCUCCCUAAGCUAUAUCGCCUGACCGAUUUAAUGGUUGACUGUAUCUCCAAAGCAAACGGGAAAGACGAGAGGGGCGUCCUAAUCAAUCACUGGCUGAAGUGUUUUGUUUUUGAUAUGGUGGGUGAUCUGGGAUACAGCAAAUCCUAUGGCUGUCUCGAUUCUGGAUUGAUUCACCAAGGACUUCUGGAGGUGGAGAAAUUCCUGGCAACAGGAGUGUUACUGGCGCCACUCCCAUGGCUAGUGAGAAUCAUAACCAGUCUUCCCGGCUUGCCAGUCCCGAUGGAGGGCCUUAGAUCCUUCGCAGCAUCUAGUCUGGCCGAGCGCAAAGCUGCCAAGAUAGACACGCCGGACGUUCUGUCUUUCGUUUUCGGAGGAAAAAAGACCCUGACCCCCGAGGAAGAAAUCGAGGAUACCAUGAUGCUGCAGAUUGCCGCCGGCGACACGACUCUCUCUGCCUUAACCUACAGCAUGUAUCGUCUUGCGAUCAAUCCAGACAUUCAACUUGCACUUCGCAAGGAAAUUGAGAGUCAUGCAGAUGUUGCCAACCUGGAAUUUGGAGCUAUCCAAGAUCUUCCGUUAUUGGAAAGCGUCAUCAAUGAGACUCUCCGAGUUCAUCCCGCCGUGCCGUCCGGUUUGCCACGCUUCACUCCUCCAGAGGGUAUCUACGUUGACGGCACAUAUAUCCCUGGUAAUACCACCGUCAGUUGUCCGACCUGGACUAUUCAACAUAGCCCUGAAAACUUCACCGACCCAAGCAUUUGGAAUCCAUCCCGCUGGAUCAACCCUUCAGAAACCCACAACUCGAAAGCUUUCAUUCCAUUUAGUGCAGGCCCAUUCAACUGUGUGGGUAAGAUUUUUGCUUACAUGGAGAUGAAGCAAGUCCUUGCAAGAUUGGUAACUACCUUUGAAUUCGAGCUUGGACCGGAGGAAGAUGGAACCGGAUUAAUCAACGAAAGUCACGACCAUACGGCCAUGAGCUGUGGCCCCAUGUGGUUGAAGAUGAAGCCUAUAGUGAGGAACGAUUAG